AUGCCGAAAGAAAAGAACUACAACCCAGUCAAUGCUCAGCGCAAGGCCGAUAAAGCGAAAGCUAUCAAGAAGGGCAAGGCCGAAGUCCAAGGCCGUCGCAACGAGAAACUCGCACGCCGCAACCCCGAAAGACUCCAGAAACAAAUAGACGACCUCAAGGGCAUCACAACAAACGGAGGCAAGCUCUCGCGCCACGAAGAGCAGGUCCUCGAAGGCCUCGAGAAAGAGCUACGCGCAGUGAACAAGGCGCGCGAAGCGCUCGGCGACAAAGCACCCACCUUUAGCCGCGGAGGAGGAGGAGGAUACAACAACCGCGAUGGCGAUUCUUCCGGCGGAGUUCUCGGAAAGCGAAGGCGGGAAAACGACGAGUUGACGAGCGACGAAGAUGUUCCCGACGACGUGAAGCGGAUCCCCAUGCCACGAGACACACCGCCGCCGAUCCCGAAAGAACUGAUGGACAAGUGGUAUGCAAAGAGACGCGCUAGGUGGCAAGCAGAAAAGGCAGAGAGGGAACCGCCAGAGGAGCGGGAGAAGAAGGAGAAGGAGGCAAAGGCCCCCGCGCCAGAGCCUAAGACCGUAUACGAGGCGAAGCCGAUGGUCCGGAAUUUGACAAAGGAAGCUGUCACGGCCUUCGUGCCUACGCACGUCAAGAUGAAGCUGGACAAGGGCAAGGGCCAAGGCGGUCUUAUGGAGCCUGAAGAGGCGGAUCGGCUGGAGCAGGAGGGCUACCUUCCGACAAAUGCAUCUCUUGCAGAAUCAGAGAGCACUAAACCCCACCAGGUUAUGGUGGAGGAUGCGGAGGAUGAGGACGUCUGA